AUGCAGCAAGCCAAUGACAACCAAGCCAGGAGAGAUAGGAGCUGCUUUGAGAGCCUGACCUUAUGGGACCUGAAGAGCCACAACCACAUUAAAGACAGAGAAGAAGAUGUGGAAUAUCAGGAGAGGAGCGAGAGUGAGGAAGGAGAUGAGGGGGAGGAGGAAGAGUAUGUAUGUGUGAUAAUAGAAGGGUCAGAGGUUGAGGAAGAUGAGGAGGAAGAGGAAGAGGAGGAGGAAUACGAGGUUACAUGUGUAGGGAGUAUGUGGAGGAAGAGGAUGUUUGUUAGAGGUUGUGGAGGUUUGUUAGAGGUUGUGGAGGAAGAGGAGGAAGAGGAGUGUUUGUUAGAGGUUGUGGUGAAAGAGGAGGACGAAGAAGAAAGAGUGGAGAGUCACCUGGCCACUAAAUUCCCUGAGUGUAAGUUCCUGAUGAUCCUCGCCGGGCAGUGUGUCCCCAACUACCCUGUCAGCCACCUCCCCACCCUGUUCAUCUACGACUCAGGAUGUAUCAUCAACUCACUGAUAGGAGAGAAGGCCUGUGGAGGGAGGAACGUAUUGGAAGAUGAGCUGAAGUGGAUGCUGGCCCAGUCGGGAGCGUUUGUGAUUGACAGCUACGAGGCCUUAUACCAGGAGAGCACGCCCAUCACGACGCCGCGUUCGGAACAGGAACAGGAAGACGACAGCGACGACCAGUCUGAUCACUAUGACAACCAAGGCGCCGAGGUGUAG